AUGUUCCUGCUCUUUUUCCUGCUGGCCUUCAUCAUCGUUUUCCUGCUCUUCUUGCUGGCCUUCAUCAUCGUUUUCCUGCUCCUCUUCCUGAUGGCCUUCAUCCUCGUGCUCCGGCUCCUCUUCCUGCUUUGUUGUGUCAUGUUCUUCAUCAGCCUUUUCUUGAAGCUGUUCGUCUUCCUCGCCCUGUUCCUUCAUUUCUUCAUCCUCAUCUUCCUCCUCCUGCCCCUUAUCCUCUUUACCGGCCUUGCAAACCCUUUUGGCCGACAUCUUCGAGGUUCCCUUCUCAUCAUGGUCGCUGCAAUCUUUCUCCUCUUCCUCCCCCUCUUCUUCCUCCUGAUCCCCUGUUUUUCCGUCGCAGGAGCCAUCUGCGUCCUGGCCUCGUCCAACCCAUCCUGCUCCCUCCGCUUCCGGCACCACUUGAUGCGGGUCUUCACGAAGUCUGGGGUCAGCAACUCCUUGUACAGGGCCUUGCAGCAAAAGGAGGUCGCGAGGUUCAGUUUUGAUUGGAUCUGCCAGGCCUUAAGCUGGUGGAUGCGAUCUUCGUUGGGCUUGCUGUCGGGCAUGGCAAAAGGGCGGGAAGGCUUCACUGCUUUGUGGUGUAAGAAACCAAUGAAAGAACUGCCACUAGCCUGGGAUCCUAAAGAACAUCGGACGAUGCAUUCCGCCCACACUAGAAAGUUUCGAGCUCGCAGCAACUGGGAACAUAUCGUGUCCGAGCAGAGAGAGAAAGCAAGAAAACUGGGCAGGGGAUGCACCAUCGCUCUGCCGAGCAAACUUCUGGGCCAGACCUCACUGAAUCCAAAUUUGCUGCAAGAUUUGCCCAGCCGAACGAAGGUUGCGAUCAGGCUCGGACGCUACGGCGUGUACAAGGCCGCCAAUGGCAACAUCGUCUAUGAGGGGCAGUUUAACAAUGAUCGCAUGGACGGCGAGGGCACAUAUCACUUCUCUGACGGGCGUGUCUACGUCGGUGCCUGGCAGAAGGGCCACAUGUGCGGGAAGGGCGCAAUGACCUGGCCUGAUGGCUCGCGCUACGAGGGAGAGUACAAGAACGACUUCCGCCACGGCCAGGGCACGUUGACCUGGCCGGAUGGCCGAAAAUACGAGGGCCAGUGGGCAAAUGGCAAGCAGGAUGGCGAAGGCGUAAUGAUCGACAGCCUGGGCAAUGCGACGAAGAGUCGCUGGCGCAAUGGCUCACCGAUCGAGGAUUGA